UCCCAUUUCAGUCCAUCUCCCAUCGCGUCCUCACUUAAACCCCACGCCGCAGCCCUCGCCGCCGGCCGCCGCCACGCCCUCACCAUGGCUCACCUCCGCCUCCUCCUUUCCCACUCGCGCUGCCACCCGCAUCCCCAUCGCCUCCUCCCGCUCUUCCGCUUCACCACCUCCAACUCCGGCGACCCCCCACCGCCGACCAUCAAGCCCGUCUCCUACGCCCCGAAGCCGCAGCCCCCACCCGAGGAGGCCCCCCGGCCGGAUGCGCCGAGCGCUGGCCCCGAUUGGCAGGACCAGCCGACCAGGAGAUUUGAGCAGCAGCCGCCGAAUCCGCCGCGGCAGUUUACGCGGCAAGAGGUGCGGUUCGUCAAGGACGCGGGGCCCGCGAUCGCGCCGGUGUCGUACCCGAGCAGGGUUGCGCCGCUUCCGGAAGACCGGCCAGCGGAAGAAGGGGCCGGACAGGGGGUGAAUGAGCAGGAUCUGCGCGGCGAGGCGGAGCGGAUUGAGAAGAAUGCUGAGCGGGCGAGGAGGUCCGUCUUCGGCGUGCCGGUGGAGGAGGAGACGGUGCCGUACCCAUCGCUGAUACCCGUUGCGAAGCGGCCGCAGAAGGUCGCCAUUGAUCUCGUCGACGCACUCCGCGAAAUCAAGACCAGUGCAAAUGAGAAGAAGCGGAAUUUUACCGAAACAGUGGAAGCUCAUGUGAUGUUAGGUGUUGAUCCACGUCGUGGUGACCAGAUGGUCCGUGGCGCCAUAACUUUGCCGCAUGGCACUGGCAAGACUGUUAGGGUAGCAGUAUUUGCGGAAGGGCCUGCAGCAGAGGAAGCUAGAGCAGCUGGAGCAGAUGUUGUUGGUGGCGACGAGCUGAUUGAGGAGAUACGCAAAGGAGGAGGCAAACUAAGUUUCGACAAGUGCAUAGCAACCCCAAUGUUCAUGCCUCGGCUUUCAAAGGUCGCUAGAAUAUUGGGUCCGCGUGGUUUGAUGCCAAAUCCUAAGUUAGGGUCUGUGACAAAUGAUGUUUCUGGUGCUGUCAAAGCGGCAAAAUCAGGCCGUGUUGAUUUCAAGAUAGAUAAAACUGCCAUAGUGCAUGUUGGCCUUGGAAAGAUCAAUUUUUCUGAGGAGAGUUUACGUGAAAAUAUUGGUGCUUUCGUAAAUGCACUUUUACUUGCUAAGCCGGUGGGCUUAAAGAAAACUUCGAAAUAUGUUGGAUACGUGAAGAAGUUCACACUGAGUAGCACAAUGGGACCUGGAUUUCCUGUUACUAUACCAUCGCUAUCGGCAGCUGCUGAUGACUAUAGCAGGGCGCAUGUGAGCUAAGUCAGUAUAAAUCAAAUCUGAACGAACCAUUUUAUUUUGGGGGUACUUGCAACUGGUUCCUUUCAAAUGGCUGGCCUAUCACAGCGGAGCAUGGCGUGUGAUAACCAGGCUGAGCAGUUGGAUGGGUUGCUGUUCUGACACGCCCAGAUGAUACUUUUGUGGUCAAAAACUUGCAGCAAACCUUAUCUUGUUAAAUUUCCGCACGGUCACACAAAUUACGUGGUUUCUUUUGCUGGCCCACUCAUGUCAUACUCCUUGGUGCUCACCAGUUUGUUGUGUGCAAUCACAAUGUAACCUUGAGUUCAUUACUAGAGAACAUUUUUUUUUCUCUCUUGGGCAUAACUAGAGAAGAUUCUAGUAGUUGGCAUCUGAGUGAUCAGGGACUACUAGGAAGUAACCAGUUUUUGUUGUGCUUAUGUUAGUUUAGUUAGAAUGUUGAUUGCAGCUGGUGUGAUGCAGUUCGAGGUCGCCAUCUCUUCCAGCUUGUGCACCUGGGAAAAUAAAAAUGUUCUGCGUUGUC